UCAAGUUUACAUAACUCAGUUCCUCGUAUUUGGUCCCACUUUACAAAGGUCAAGUGAAAAUCUUCUUUGACUUAUUAUUUGUUAUAUUCUUGUUUUGUAUGAUUUGGUCCCACUCGAUUUGAAAGUGCAAACAAUAUGACCAUGGUCAUCGCGUACGUGCAAUUGUGAUAUAACGAUUUCUGUGGAAAGGAUCGUUUUGUGUGUAACACAACAACUGAAAGGUGACACUAUGGAAACGUCUUCAGAGAGCAAAAACGUUCGGGCAUCAGUUCCAAGUCUUUGACACAGACAAGUUGAUCUUUGUUCAUCCAUCAUGGCAAUGGAAUUCCUGUUCGUUGUGUUCGUUGCUUCGUUGAGCCCAUCGUUUGCUGACCAUUCCUUGUGCGAAAGUCGUCCGGCUGUGUACUUCGUUCCUACUGAAUAUCAACAGCCGAACAGCGCGGAGAAGAUGGAAGAAUACCGGAAGAAUAUGGAGCAAGGGGAGAAACCGGAACUCAGUCAGAAAAAGCAAUACGUUAAUCCCAUGAAUAUGAAACUGUCGUGUAAGGAGAUCCAGCAAGUUGUACGACAUGCCGUCAUCGAGAAACUCAUGUUGGACCCGAUCUUGUUCCGCUUCCGUUAUGGGAACCGCUUACCUUUUUACGGUCAUCGUUAUCUUGGUGUACUUUUCCGGUCCCUUUACGAUCGUAUAGGCAAGAGCUGCUAUUGGAGUGCUCAUUUUAGACAACGAAGAGGUUUUUUGUGGAUAUACCAUCGACGUAGAAUACUCUCCGUUGAGUUUGGAUUUGGAAUAGGCGGAGGGGGGCGAGUAUAUAGUCUCCAUCAACAAGUCUGAAAUGCGCAGUGAUCCAUAAAACACCCGGAAAUGGAGAGGCGGAUAUUACGUUUCGAGCACGGUGUAUGCAUUGCUGGGGGAACAUUUCAAAUGGCGCAGAGCACGUAUUAAUUCCCACUUGAACGGAGAGUUAAUUUGAUAGCAAAAAACUAAAAAUCUGGAUGAGUUGCAGGAAAAUAGAUAUGAAAAUUCACCAAGCCGCACAUCAAGCAUGCCCGAUCGGAUGAUAGGCCAUCGAGUUUCAUCGCCGAAAUAAAAAGCAUAUGAUUUUGGUUUGACCUACAUUCUUUCACGGCCUGUCGCCCUUGCCCCACUAUCAUCUUCGGAGAUGAUCGGCUCGAUCAUAAGAAAAAUGGCUGUCAUUAUUAUAUAGACGCAUUUGUUUUCGAUGGCAAGUAGCGUUCGCCGUAUCUGGUUUGACAUUUUUAUCACGGACUUGUCGCCAAGUAUAUAGGGGUGCGCUAUCCUGUACGUUGUUGACUGAUGUUUGAUUUAUUCAUCGUUUAGUCACA